GCUACAGAAUUGACGUCUGCGCCAUCUUCCGUUGGAUGUUGUCUGUGAUGCCGUAGUUGGAACUUGGAAGUAAUGUUGGCCAUUGUCCUGCCUUGUAUUUGAAUUUUCCACUAUCAUCAGGCCUCUUGGAACACCUCAGACAACAGGGAUCUCACUACCGCCUAAGGAAGCCUGUUUCCUUAUUAGGUCUCUUGCAAGGAAAUAGACCAACGGCUGCAACCAUCUGCAAUCCUAUCACACCUUCAUGAUGUUUCCCUUGGCUAGAAAUGCAUUAAGGAGUCUCAGGAUUCUAGGCAUUCAGCAAAUGAGGGCAAGACAGAGCCACAGAAAACACUCCCCAGAUUUUCAUGACAAAUAUGGUAAUGCUGUACUAGCCAGUGGAACCACCUUCUGUGUUGUUGCAUGGAUAUUUGUAACCACACAGACUGGAAUAAAAUGGAACCUGUCCCCUGUUGGCAGAGUCACCCCAAAAACGUGGAACAAUAAGUAACCAUCACAGUUGCCGUAAUACAGAAUUGUUUCAACACCAACUUAUCAUUUGAGUCCU